CAACAAGACUAUCUUCUUCAAAUCGACACUUGCUAAAAACAUUUUCAGAACGCCUUACCGAAAAAAAGAAAAAUCUAUAGAUACAUAUUGAUUUUAUGAAGCUUGUUAAAAGAAACCUACAAAACAAUACUACAACAUAGCAAACCUUCUUCUACAAAUAUUUUACAUUUGAUGAUUCAGUGUGAAACAAUGAGAGACAGAAACUGGUGAUUUUUUGAGGCCUUUGCUAUGGUUGUAACUUUAUGACUAGUUUUUUUAUUGGGUAGAAUUUUAAGUCAAAAGAGAUAUCAGUCAAGCAAAAUCCCUCUCUUGCCUUCUCUCCCUUUCACGCCCUACCCCACCGGAAAGUGAAAACACACACAGAUUGUCCCCUCAGAUUCGUUUCUUUUCCAUUUGAAAAAAUUAUAAGAAAAUGAAAUCAGAGAAAAACAAAAACAAACCCAACCCCAACCCCAAUUCCUCUCUCUCUCAUUUCCAAAAUCAGUUUGUGGGCCACUCUUUGUUUCUUUUGUCAGAAUUCUCUGAGACUAAUCUCAAACGACAUAAAAUACUAAGAAAUAAAACAAAUUAAAAAAAAAAAAAAGAAAAAGCAAUUCCCAUCCUAUUCCCUACUAAACAAUAAAAAAGAAAAAGUAAAAGGAGAAGAGAUAAAUAAAUCUCUAUUUUCUCUCUAUCUCUAAAUUACUCUUCCCUUCCUUCUCUUUUAACUUUUAAGAGCUCCUCUACUCUUUGCUACUAUAUUUCUCUCUUCAUUUCCAGUCCACUCACAUGAAGACAGUCAUGGCCAAAAACACUCUAGACUCCUCCUCCUCAAAACGACACUUCCACUGGACCAAGAAGGUCGGACACGAAGAAAACGACGACGUUGAGCCUGAAACAAAACCCUCUUUUUCUUCUUCUUCUUCUUUUUCUUCCGAUGAAGUGGACAAGAAGAAAGAGGCAAUGGCCGAGGUAAUACUGGGUCAUACUCCAACUACUAAAGAUCCAGACCCACCUCGGAACGCAGCUCAGACUCUCAAAAAGAAGCUCCCAGCAGUGGCAGUGGCUCGGCUCCGGUCAGUCCUGACAGCCUUCGGGCGGAACCGAGCUGGGCUUUCUUCCGGGCUCGGAAACCGGGUGGUGGGUACACUGUUCGGGUCGAGACGAGGUCACGUGCACUUUGCGUUCCAGAAGGACCCAAACUCAGAGCCGGCGUUCCUGAUCGAGCUAGCCACGCCGAUAAGCGGUCUGGUCCGUGAAAUGGCGUCGGGUCUUGUUCGAAUAGCUUUGGAGUGUGACAAGGAGAAAGAGAGAGAGGAUGAAAAAUUGAAAAGAGGAGGGGUCAGAUUGUUGGAAGAAAAUGUUUGGAGGACUUAUUGCAAUGGCAAAAAAUGUGGGUUUGCUACCAGGAGGGAUUGUGGGCCUAAAGAUUGGAAGAUUUUGAAAGCUGUUGAGCCCAUUUCAAUGGGGGCCGGUGUCUUACCUGGGCUUGGGCUUGUUGAAGAGAAUAAUAACAGCAGUGAUAACAAGGCUUCUGGGUCUGAUAAUGGAGGAGGAGAUGGUGGUGAGCUCAUGUACAUGAGAGCUAAGUUUGAGAGAAUUGUGGGGUCCAGAGAUUCUGAAGCUUUUUAUAUGAUGAACCCAGAUAGCAAUGGUGCUCCUGAGCUUAGUAUCUACUUGCUUAGAGUUUGAUUCAUCUAUGAUUGGUUUCAUAUACUUGUUCUACUUUUUUUGUUGGUAUAUUUGGAGAAGGUGGUGUUUUUUCAUUUUCUUUUGGGGUAUUUUGGUAGUUUAGGGGUGGAGGGCAAUACAAUAUAGUAUUAUAACAUUAAUAUGUUGGGGGGUGGGGUCAAUGAAGGUGUAUAUGUAUAGUGUUUUUCUUUUUUCUUUUUGGAGGGGUUCAAUCCUUUUAUUAAGUGAUUAUGAGACAAAAGAGGCCAAUGCAAUCAUCACUGUCUUUGCAUUUUGGUUUAUUUUUUUCUUUCUUUUCUUUUUCAUCAUAUAGUGCUCAAGUUUGUAUUGAUUUCAACUCUCAAUCAACGAUGAGAACAAAAAGAUGGGCCAAAUUUGUAAAGAAAUCCAUGCUUAUAAUUGUAUUUAUUUUGUUUUAUUCCCCCUUUGAUACCUAAUCAAUAUCAAUCCUGGAAAAUUCAUUUUUCUUGUUCAUUUCA